AUGAAGGCUUCUUUGCUUCUCCUCAUCACGUUAUCAAAUGAAGGUACAAAAAUCCUCCCAGAUGAUCAGAAACCCGUCGCUCUGUUGUGUAUCGGCUGUGCUCUAAUCACCCCCAGUGUCCUCCUGUUUCUCAAAAGUGUCUGGAAGUCAUGUCACAAAACAUCAAAGCUGCCCAGAAAAACAACCACUGCCCUGGUUCUGUUCUUUGAGUUUCUGGUGUCAGUGGGUGCAGCCAUUCUCAUCAUCGUAGCGAUGCCUCACUUGGACAUUGUGACCAAUGUGACCAUACUGAACAGUGUAGCCAUCUUCUCUGCGCUCCUUCAGGUGGUUGCUCAGUGCACUUCCAAGGAAAGGAACCGCUUCCUGCUGCCUUCCAUCACUGCCUUCAUCCUCAUUCUGCUUGGUUUUGUUCUGUUCCUCGUUCUGUACAUCAUCAAGGAUCCGACUGAUACCCAGAUGGCCAUUUGGGUGGGUCUGGCUGUUGGUGGGGCCUUCUUGGUGUCUUUGAACUGGUGGGAGAACUACUUCAGAGUCAUCUGUAAGAACACAAACUCCACCUCCCUCAAGAACUUGUGCAAAGACAUAACAAGGUGCCGGAACAUGCUGCACAUCCUCUCCAGCCUGAUCAGGAUUGUGGUGACUGCCUGUGUGCUCGGAGCCUACAUCCCUCUGGCCAACAUGGACUGGGACAUUGUGACCUCCAUCCCGAGACGUGAGACCAGGAUCAUAGCCAUCAUCAUUGGAGUCCAGCUGAUCUCUUCAGCUCUUUGCCACUGGUUUUCACUGGUAGCCUGCAAGAUGCACGCCCUGAGACGGUGCUUCAUCCUGCCUUUCAUCUUCCAGAACAUUGAUGAAAAGUUGUUCAGGAAGCAGCAGCAAAUCCCUGACCAGACCAUCAUAAGAACACCGUAUGGAGGUCGUCUGGUCGUCACCAUGCCUCAUGGGAACAACAUUGUGGUUCACUUCAAGGAUAAAGAACUCAUCCGUCACAAGAAGAGAUGGUCUCAGAUCAUGUACCUUUAUUAUCUCCUGGGGUAUAAACUCAUGACCAAACAUUACUCACGCUGGAGGACAGGAGAUGAUGAGAAGGAGUUGAAAGAGAAGGUCGAGAAGCACAACACCUACCUCCUGGCUUUAGAUGGGGACACAGACUUCCAGCCUGGUGCUGUGAUGCUGCUCAUCGACCGUAUGAAGAUGUAUCCUCAAGUCGGUGCAGUGUGUGGCAGGAUUCACCCCACUGGAUCAGGUCCUGCAGUCUGGUUCCAGAAAUUUGAAUAUGCUGUUAGUCACUGGCUGCAGAAGACAGCAGAGCAUGUGUAUGGAUGUGUGCUCUGCAGCCCCGGAUGCUUCAGUCUGUACAGAGCAGCAGCGCUAAUGGACGACAACGUGAUGAAGAGAUAUUCAACCAAGUCCAUGGAGGCGAGCCACUACAUCCAGUAUGAUCAAGGUGAGGACCGCUGGUUGUGCAAUUUGUUCUUGAAGCAGGGAUGGAGGGUGGAGUACAACUCAGCAUCUGAUGCCUACACCAACGCACCAGAGAGCUUCAAAGAACUCUACAACCAGCGCCGGCGAUGGGGACCAUCCACGUUAGCCAAUAUUGUGGAUCUACUGGGCUCCACGACCAUUCUUUCCAAGAGGAACUUGUCUAUAUCCAAACUUUAUAUGUUUUAUCAGCUAUUUGCCAUCAUUUCAGUCAUUCUGGCUCCUGCCACCAUCUGCCUUAUGGCUGCAGGUAGUUUGUCCUUCAUCUUUGACAUUGAUGCUGGUGGUGCUCUGAUCAUUGCUGUGAUUCCUCCUGCCAUCUAUCUGGGUCUUUGCUUCCAUCUCAAAGCAGACACUCAAAUCACUAUAGCAGCAAUCAUGAGUGUCAUGUAUGCAUUCCUGAUGUUGGUGGUGUCAGUGUCCAUUGUUGGUGAAAUGGUGAGCAACCAAACCAUCCUGACACCCAGCAGCCUUUUCGUCAUCUCUAUGGCCGUCAUUUUUGUGGUCACUGCAAUAAUGCAUCCUCAGGAAUUUCACCUUAUCUUCUAUGGCUUGCUCUACAUCGUCUGCGUCCCCAGCGCCUACCUUCUGCUCACCAUCUACUCCAUGGUCAACAUGAACAAUAUCUCUUGGGGGACCAGGGAGACGAAACCUGCUGCUGGCGCUGCUCCAGCUGAGGCUAACAUCCCGUGGACUGGGAACCGGCGGCAGCAAGCCCCUGUGGAGGCCGGUCUGGGAACUGGUGGCAGCGGGACUCAUCUGGAGGCCAGGCAGGAGGCUGGACUGGGGACUGGCGGCUGUGGGACCCUUCGGAAGGCUGGUCAGGAGGCUGGAAUGGGAACCGGCGACAGAGGAGGGGCCCAUCUGGAGGCUGAACUGGGAACCAACGGCGGCGGGACCCCUCUGGAGGAGGAGAAGGAGACCGUGCAGGAGGCUAGACUGGGACCCCUCUGGAGGCCGGACUGGGGACAGGCGGUGGCAGGACACCUUUGGAGGCCGGGCAGGAGGCUGGACUGGCACCCCUCUGGAGGUGUGUUGGGAAGCAGCGGCUGUGGGACCCCUAUGGAACCCGGGCAGGAUGCCGGACUGGGGACCAGCAGCGGCGGGACCCCUCUGGAGGCCGGGAAUGAGACUGGGCAGGAGGAAGGACUGGGACUCCUCUGGAGGCCGGGAAGGAGGCCGGGUUGGGAAUCGGUGGCAGUGGGACUUCUCUGGAACACAGGCAGGAGGGCGGGUAGGAGGCCGGACUGGGGACCGGUGGCGGGAGGUCACGGGAGGUCAGACAGGUGCAGGGGCAGGGACCAGGUAGUGGGCCAUGACAGUUAG